CGUCGCGGAGAGUUGAUACGAUUUUUGUGAAUUGUUUUUAUCUUAAAAAAAAUUGAAUAUUUUAUUUAAUGUAUUGUAAUUUGGUGUACAAUUUUUAUCUCUUUCGAUAAUUAACGCAAAUUCUUUUGAGAAAAGAUGGCAAAUUUAAUAACGAGUGAAAAUAAUCGUUUGAGGAACAGAGAAACGAAACGUAGCCUGACAGUCGGUCACGAAGCGAUCGAUUUCGAAAGGAACGCCGCUGUUCGAAAAAACGGUACCAAUCGAUCGUAUCCUCACCAUAGGGAAUAGAAGGAGACCGAACAAAUGGAUACCUAAUACGAAACGCAUUGAAUAAGUGAUCGUGCGUUUAUCAGUGGCAAUGAGGACGCGCGGUUUGGAUCGAUCAAAGAAUUAAAAUAGUUCUUUCUCUCUCUCUAUCUCUCUCUUUCUCUCUCUCUCUCUCUCUCUCUCUCUCUAUCUAUCUCUUUCUCUUUUCCCCUCCCCCUCUCCUCUCCUCUCCUUUCCUCUCUUCUCUCUUCUCUCUUCUCUCUCUUGCUCACUUCCUUCGGAAGAGAAUGAAAGUGUAUUAGAAGAAUUGUGACAUCCAGUGCAUUGCGAGUGAUUUCGUUUUCUUUUGCGUAUUUCGUAUAUUACGUGUACUGAGAAACGCGUAUAUAUGCGCGUUAUUUCUAAUACGUAUAUGCGCCUGUGCGUGUGAUGUGUGCGCGCGCGCGCGCGCGCGCUUGGUUCAGUCGUGUCAGAAGUUCAUCGUAUGAAAGCAAUUGUCGGUUUUGUUCGAUAAGAAUGGGACUACUGAUCAUCGACCGACGGUUAGUGGUUUAACGUAACAUUACUUGGCGUUACUGUGAAUACACUAUGCACAUUGGUGAAUAUAAAUGAGUGAUCAAUGUAUACGUAACUGGUAUACAAAUACAUGGGGAUAUUGUUACUACGUGUGCGUAGGUGGGUAUCGGAUGUAUAAUGUGGGUGUGGGUGUGCGUUGCUCGUACGUAUGGACGUACGCGUAUUUUGUAGUAACGUGUAAUGGCAUGGAAAUGAGGCGCGCGCGAGUGUCACGCCGAAAGAUACGCCUCUCGCCUGGAAAGCUACUUUGUGCUCUAAACUCGAAAGGAGAAUCCUCUCGCGAGUGGCCGUUCUUACCGGUUUAACCUCAUCAACAUCGAGUGCGUGCGUUCCUUCUGGCGUUUGAUUCUAUUUACCCGUAUCUUUCGGAUUCACCUAUAAUUUCCCACUCAAUUUUCAUCAAUAUGCAUUGACGUCAAGCUACAAGGAUAAGAAAGGAUCUCGUUCGUGACUCACGACCUUUCUCAGAAUCUUUGGGUAUCCGAAAGAAAAAUGCGCAACGAGUGGUUAAGAAACUUGUUCGCAACAGCAAUAUUCGCCCUUAUGGUACACGGGCAAUUGAGAUCACCGCGUAUAACGGAACAUCCUUCGGAUAUAAUAGUGGCUAAGAAUGAACCGGUAACGUUGAAUUGCAAGGCGGAAGGUAAACCUCAACCCGUGAUUGAGUGGUAUAAGGACGGUGAACUGGUUCAAACAUCACCGGGAGAUGCAAAAUCUCAUCGUGUUCUUCUUCCUACGGGAUCUCUUUUCUUCUUGAGAGUAAUGCACGGAAAGAAGGAACAAGACGGCGGAGUUUAUUGGUGCGUUGCAAGAAAUCAAGCAGGCUCCGUUCCAAGUCGAAAUGCAACGCUAACUGUUGCAGUGUUAAGGGAUGAAUUUCGUGCAGAACCGCAAAAUACAAGAGUCGCAGCUGGAGAGACUGCUUUAUUAGAAUGCGGACCACCCCGGGGUCAUCCAGAGCCAACGCUACAUUGGAAAAGGAACGGUCAUACCAUAGAUUUGGAUACUACUAAACGUAUCACCUUGGUAGACGGAGGGAAUUUGAUGAUCUCGGAUGUCAGGCAAACUGACCAGGGCAAGUAUCAAUGCGUUGCUGAGAACAUGGUGGGUGUGAAGGAAUCUGCAGUGGCAACUCUGACAGUUCACGUGAAGCCAUUCUUCUUGUCGACUCCGGCGAAUCAAACGAUCUUGGCUGAUCAAACAGCGGAAUUCGCUUGCCGCGUAGGCGGUGAUCCUCCCCCUGAGAUUCUCUGGCGAAGAAACGAUGGGAAAAUGCCGAUCGGGCGAGCGCAUAUUUUGGACGAUAAAAGCUUGCGAAUCGAAAGAGUAACGUCGCAAGACCAAGGGACGUAUAUCUGCGACGCUGAAAACAGCGUCGGUGCCAUAUCUGCGAGCGCAACGUUGAUAGUACAUUCGAGACCGAUAUUCAGCAGUUUUCCAAAAGACGAGAUAGUCAGCGUCGGCUCGAACGUUUCGUUCAGCUGCGCGGCUCGUGGUGCCCCACAGCCUUCGAUCUUUUGGACCCGGGAAGGCUCUCAGGAGCUAAUGUUUCCUGCAAAUGAAUACCAAGGUCGUUACAAAAUUACAGAAGACGGAAGUUUACAUAUUAAGAGUGUACUUGGGAAGGACGAAGGACAUUACGUUUGCAGCGCAAUCAGUCAGGCUGGUGCGAGCACAGCCACAGUUUUCCUUCAGGUUACAUCGGUCGAGGAGGUUCCACCACCUGUCAUCGAAAUUGGAGCAACCAAUCAAACAUUGCCUCCGAAUAGCGACGUUUCAAUGCCGUGCCGUGCAUUCGGGAGACCUACUCCAAAAAUCCGAUGGUACAAGAACGACGAGCUUGUACGAAUCGGUGGUAGCGAUGAUCGGCUGGCGAUCGCCAAUAACGGCACUCUUUCUCUGAAAAAUCUUCAAUUAAGCGACGCGGGAGUGUACAGGUGUGUUGCGUCCUCCGAAUCCGGGAACACGUCAUGGUCGGCCAGUUUGACGAUUAGUCCAGGAACGAGUUAUCACAGUAUCGUGCCAGACAUAUCGGUACUUCCCGAAAGUCCGAGCAAAUCAAGAAUAGUGAAUACCACCAGCAACACGGUGACGCUCACCUGGAGUCCGGGACACGAAGGCGCUAGCAAGAUAGUCGAUUACACCGUCGAAUAUUUUGCUACAAAUCCAAAGACGAGCUGGAUUGUUGCCGGAACAGGAAUAAAAGAUGACAUCUAUACUGUUACGAAUCUCAAGCCAGACACGAGUUACGUGUUCCUUGUUCGUGCUCGAAACAGUCAGGGUCUUUCCGUUCCUAGUCCGUUUUCGGAUGUGGCGCGCACAACCAAUUUCGACCAGCACGCGAUUCCUCAAACCGAACUAGUUCGAGCGAGAGAUCGGCUCAAUAGUGAGAUUCUUUACUUGAAAGAUGUUCAGCCUUUGAGCAGCACCAGCGUCAAGAUUGUAUGGGACAUACUCGGAGCUGCCGAUUUGGUCGAAGGCUUGUACAUAAGAUAUCGUCAAGUUUCCGAGAAGCCGGAAUAUCGGAUGGUCACCGUACUAAACGCCGGAGCAACCAGCUACGUUUUAACCAACUUGAACAAGUACACGCGUUACGAGUUUUUUCUAGUUCCUUUUUUCAAGACUAUCGAAGGGAGACCGAGUAACGUGAAAUUGGCAACCACCCUGGAAGACGUACCUUCCGGAGCACCAGAAAAUGUUCACGUCGGCAUGAUAAACGUAACAUCGGCGUUCGUCCGUUGGUCUCCGCCACCGAAAAGUACACAAAACGGACAAUUAAUAGGAUAUAAGAUUCAAAUCAAGAGCAAUAAUAGCAACAAGAUUUUGGGCCAAAUGUCUUUAAAUGCGUCGACGACGUCGGUGAUUAUCAAUAGCUUAACGACAGGUGGUCUUUAUACGGCGCGAGUUGCUGGAUUAACUCGCGUCGGUCUUGGACCGUUCUCCAGUCCAACUGUUUUGAACAUGGAUCCCGGACAAUUGACGCAAUUGCCACCGCGGACAGAUCCGAGUCAGAGGAAUGCCUCUGUCGUCAGUGAAACCUGGUUUCUCAUUCUAAUGAUAACGGUCGUGUUGACCGUUAUCGCCGCGUUAUUGGGAGCCGUUUACGUUCGACGGAGACAAGCAAUGAGCAAACAGCUUGGCCAUUUGAACGUUCCUGUCGGCACGGCCAAUGAUAUUUGUCAAUUAAACAAGGACACUCUGUGGCUGGAACGUGGUUGGAGACCGAGCAACACCCUCCAGGCUGCCUCCACCGAUAAGGACUGUGAAACGAAAUUGUUGAGUAAUCAAAAUCAAAUCGGCCUCCCACCGGGAAUCGUUGGAAUGACUGGCUCGGAAUACGCCGAAGUGAAUCUAACGACAUUUUACAACGCUCGGAAACAGCUGCAAGCUCCGCCAGAACCGUACGCUACAACGACACUUUGCAUGCCUGCUCGUAGCCCGGAUUCGAUAGAAACCACUGGUCGAAAGUCGAAUUCCAGCGACUCUUGUCUAAAGCCAGACUAUUCGAGUUUAGAUUCGAACUUGGAUCGAAACAAAUCAACAGUGUCACCGAGCAGCGACAAUGCCAGCAGUGUCUAUAACGGCGAGGACAACGCGGAAGCACAAAGAAGAGUUCAUCAAUACAGAAUGCCGCUGCCGAAUGAAAAUCAACCGCCAAAUUGGUGCGAUAUGCUGCCGCCUCCCCCGGAACAUCCACCUUCGUUCGAAGGAUCUCUUGGUUCUUGCAGAACGCAUUCGCAUCCGCAUUCGCAUCCGCAUCCGCAUCCGCAUCCGCCUCAACAUCAGUAUCAGUAUCACCACCACCAUCAUCCGCAUCAAGUUCAACAUCAAUUUCAGCAUCAGCAUCAGCAUCAUUAUCAGCAGCAGCAGCAACAGCAACAACAACAGCAGCAGCAGCAGCAGCAAUAUCAACAUCAAACGUUUAGUCCUCAUUUGGGGAAAAAGAGCAUCGAAAGACAAAACGAUUUGGAUGUAACGGUGGGUACAGGAUUGGCUUUGGGACUAGGUUUGAGCUCAAGUUCGAAUUCUGGUUCUGGUUCAGGAUCUGGAGGUGGAAGUGGAGGAGGAGGAGGAGGAGGAGGAGGAGGAGGCGGUGUUGGUGGAGGUGGUGGUUGUAGUUCUGGCUCUGGGUCGAGAAACUCGCAAAGUCCGCCAAGUCCGCCAACCAGAAUAAUCAACAAUUUGACAGGUUCGAACGCAGUUUGGAACGACUCGGGUCAACAACAGUCACAACAGUCGUUCGAGAAUUCGACUUCGCAUUCGAACAACAUUCAUCAGCAGAGCAGAUACACGAGUUUGCCGCCGCAAACGAAUCCACCGGCGUUGCCUGCGUUUCCAGAGUCGUUCGACUGUUACGACUCGUACAAGGGCAAUCAAGAAAACGAGUACGAAAGCGGCUCCCUUUUGUACGGUCGACGAAACGACUCGCCGUUGGAAGACUACGAUUCUGCAUACAGCCACGUAAAUCGAGCGGAUUCACGCUCGGAACGAUCAAUGGCGAACGAGGAAACGAUUUACCGACGAAACGAUCAAGAUAUUUAUACGACGGGGAACCUUUAUCGAGGACCCGAGAACGACGAAUGGGACAGAAAAUCGUGCGAUUCGAACGCACACUCGGAUAUUUGUUGUUCCUGUUCAGAAUCCAGUUGCCUUUAUGGGAACACCCUCGAAUACAACGACCAAUUCGCUUCGACAUCGGCGAAUUGUCUUCAUGGUAAAACAAGUUCCCGAGAUAGAAGCGGCAAAAGUCCACGUAGAAGAAAUACUAGAACUGCUUCACCGACCUACAGCAGCGGUGACAGUAAUUAUUCUUGUAUCCCCCCGAGGCAAUCUGGAAGCGUUGGCUCGCAAGAAAGGCUGAGGCAUAACCGUGGCAAAGACAAAGUGCCUAGCUUUUCGAGAAUCGGCGGCUACUCUCAGCACAAUUCCUCGGCCUCGAACACAGUCAGCAGUUCCGGAAGUCAAAGAUACAACAAGCUGAACAACGUUUUCGUAGGUGGUGGGAAUCCAAACGCUGCUCCUGUAGAAUGUAGUCGGCCGGCCGACUUUCGCGAUGGCUAACGUAAUCGCAACGAUUCUCGGACGAUUCAGAACCGAUCGAUAGAAUCGAUCGUCGGUGGUACGAAUCACUGUUUCAAUUUGAAACGAUUUUAGGCACUUGAAUCGCAACGAAUCGUAGCCGUCAGUAUCGCGCGACAGUAUCGCGAACAAUCUCAAAGUACCUUUUGCGGGCUAAUCGCGUCCUCGAUAUACAUAUAUCCAAACUUUUAAUAACUACGAUAUUAAUCGUGAUAUUUCUUUAUUCCUGUAUUUCUCUUUUCUUCCUUCCUCCUCCUCCUCCUCUUUCUCCUCCUCUUCCUUUUCCUCAUCCUAUCGCGCAAACCAUCUUUCAUCUCGAUUUCUUUCUUUCUUUUUCCUGUAUUCCGUUUAACCUCGUAUCCGUAUCAGCUCUUUAGAUAUUUUUGAUAUUUUUGAUAAUUACUUGACCGAUGUUUUUCGUUCUUUGCUCAAACUAUGGCAACAUUCACUGCCAUUGAGUAGAGGAAAAUGGACGACGGACGAUAUGAUGAUUGAUAUAGCGAAAAAUGAACAGGAUACGAGAUCUUUGACGAGUGCGACGAAAAGGGAGCCUUCUCCCUAAAUUAUUUAAUUUAUCAUCGUUUUUCUACGUGAGCAAUGAUUUGCAAUUGCAACGUUAUAAACAUACGCGUACGCGCACGCGACUGUUCUGUACUCUCCUAGAUUAGAUUAGAACGUGGCAUUUAUUUCCCACGAAUUUUAGAUUUUCGCCACUCAAAGUUCCGCGCGGUUCUAUCAUUUUUUUUCGACAUAACGUUCCUAAAUGAUUAAAAAAAAAAAAAAAAGCAACAAAUUGUUUAACUUUGUCGCGUGAAUGCAAACGUAUCGCCACGUGAUACUUUGUAAACGUUAUAUGUAUAGCUCCUAAGGAUAAGUGCGGCAAAAGAUAAUUGAAAUAAUGACUGACGUGCAAGAAGUAUUAUACAUAUAUAUAUAUAUAUAUCAUAUCGAACAGUUCUUUUUUUUUUUAUGUAUGUAUGUAUGCGUGUGUAUGAAUAUGCAUGCGUGCGUGCGUGCGUGCGUGUAAAAGCUUCUUUACUCUAUGAGCAAUCUUAUAACAAUGGAAAGUAGCUGUCGACCGGCGUCUUUUGCCGCGAAUCUCGGACGUGAGUCGGGAACAAGCAAUCGUCGCGUCGGUCUGCUCCACCGAUCGAAAGAAAGAAAGAAAGACAACUUGCUUGGUCGUAGCGAGUGGAGCUUACGACAGAUGAAAGAAAAUCUUGGUAAGCAACAAGACGCAACGCGGUGUUGGAACGGCUGUUGUAUCGUAAUAUUUUUGAUUAAAUGAAAUCGAAUGAUCACCGAUUCGAGCACGUUUGCAAAUCACGUCUCUCGGUGCCUUCUCGACGCGUGUUGCGCGAGAGUUGAUCAAAGGGAAAUUUGGAAUUGGAACGAAACUCGAUGUAAAUUCCGACAUCUCGAGAGUCUCAAGGUACUCGUUGUGUAAUAAUCGCUCAAAUUCGUUGUAAUUAGUUUGUUCUUUUACACGAGGAAACAAAGAGUAUAAAAUAUUAUACGUAAAAAAGAAAUGACUGAAUGAGUCGUGAGUCGGCGGUCGUCGAACGAUAUAUUAUAUUAUAUUAUAUUAUAUUAUAUUAUAUUAUACCUUAUUAUAUCGUGUAUGGAGCGUCGAAGAAGGAUAUAAUGGACGCUAAAUGCACUGCCGAAUUCAUCACAAUUCCGGGAGACCAGGUAGAGACCGGGUGUGGAGAUACGAUUCAAUGUGUAACAUAUGUAUGUAGGUAUAGAAAAUUAUCCGCGCGAGUGAAAUUGGUAAAUCCGUAGAUUACAUAUAGAGAUAUCCGAGUAUAAUCCAUCCAGAAAGGUGAGAAAAGAAAAAAACGAAGAAAACUAAAAUAAACAAGUGGGGCGAAAGUAUAAGUAACAAAUUAAAUUAAAGCAGGAGGAGAGCAUUCGUUUUUUCGUAGAGUGUUUAAGGAAACGAUAAAUUUCGAACGAAAGGAAGAAAGAGAGAAGAGAGAGAGAGAGAGAGAGAGAGAGACGUAGUUACGUAGUACCUAUAUUUUAAGUAAUCGCCAUAACGAUAUCCAAACACACUAUCUCCAAUAGUCUCUUUAGACACCGAGUUUGCCAAACUUUGUCUUUAUGGACUUUAACGACUGGUACAUAAACGAUCCUUCUAUAAGCACGCAACAAACUCCUUCGAAGAAAAAGACAAACACAACUCCAAAUCUGUAUAUAAAUUUCGCACUCUCGAACCCUUCCACGACGUGGGAAAUAGUAGUUCGAUCGAUAGUAGUUACUUACUUAAAGAAUACAUUGAGUCGAUAAUAUUUCGAGUCGAAAAUCGAGAAUUCGUGAUAUCGUUGGCAUGAAUCGCGCGACAGAAUCACGAGUGAACGAUUCUUGAACCAGUUAUGCCGAACCAUCCUACCAAUCUGCGAAGCGAAAAAAAAGUAAUGACAUUAUUUUUAUAGUUUCUCAUAUUUGCACGAUUGUUACGAUGGUUCGCACUGUUUGUAUGUAUCAUGUUACACGCGUAAUCCCAUCAAGUUGAACGAUAGUAGAAUGCCAUGUACAGGUUGUGACGAUACACACAUACACACUCACACACGCACACGCACACAUCCAAAUUUUUUCCUUUCCCAUAGAACUCGCUUUUAUGCUCCUUUGGCCUUGCCUUGCCUUGCCUUGCCUUGCCUUAAACCCUUCUUCCCUUCUCCUCCGCAAUCCUUAUCCUUCCUUCUCAAUCCCGUGCGUCGUCCUUUCAUUCGCAUUUCUCACACCCGUUCUUUCUAUUGCCCGCCGGUUGAGUUGUCGCGUCUAUGACUAAAUUGCUCUUACGCUUAUGCGCCGCUUGUUCUUGCGCUCGUCGCGCACCGCGUGGGUUCGUCUGUCUGCGUUACCGAUCGCUUAUUAAUUAAUUAAAAAAACGGGGAAACAGAAUGCAACAGAAGCCACAAGCAAACAUCGGUGUAUUCUUCCGUUUGUGAAAAGUAAAAGCAAAUUAAAUGUAACCCGAUAACCCGAGGCCCGUUGGUUGAAAUCGAUUAAAUCGACAUCGUUUUUGAUUAGAGGACAGAUUGCACGAAACUUUCGUGAGUCGUCAAUCACUGCCAAUAGCUGAGAGAAUAGUCUCUUACGAGAAGAGAUCGGACCUUUUGUUGACUGACGGACGAAAAAAAAAAAAAUCAUCGAUAUCGUAGGGUAACGAUAUACAUAUAUUUUGUAGUCACAGUGCACUAAUCGUCAUAUCAUUAACAUUCGGAUCGAAAGAUCUAGUAACGCUAAUAAAACUUUCCGGAACACUACCGAUUCGCGAUAAGUUUUAAUUUUACUUGUAUUUUUUAGCCGUUAGGUCUAAAUUAAAACCGCAAAGGCUGAUGAGUGAUUUAGCUUAAAUCUUCUCUACAUUUUGUAAAUAAAACGCAUGAAAGAAACAAAAAGUUGUUCGUUCGUAAGCGUUUUCGUAGGCAAUAACUUAUUUAUUAUGAAACAAGCGCAAGUGAUUGUGUCCACUUUGAAUAUGUUACUGAAAAGGAAAACGAUGCUAAUAAAAUUGGUCGAUACAGACUAAUGACAUACGCGUACAGGCAAACACAAGGCGCGCACAGAUGUAGAUAAUUAAAAAGUAAUAAUUAUUAUUGUCAAGUACUACAUAUGCAUAUAAGGCGAUAUACAAAAGCGUUACGCAAUAUACGAGUAACGAUUAUUAAUAAAAAUGAAGAAAAAAAAUGAUGUUCAACAUGCGAGUAUUUUACAAACUUUUUACGUUUACGUUUACUUCUUUCAAACUAACGACAAUUCUUGA